UGAAGUGGGUUUUUCGGGUGUUGUUUUGAUUGGGGGAUUUAGAUCAUGGAGCCUGUUAUUGGAGGCAAGUUUAAGCUGGGGAGGAAGAUCGGCAGUGGAUCGUUCGGAGAGCUUUAUUUGGGGAUUAAUGUACGAACUGGAGAGGAGGUGGCUGUGAAGCUGGAAUCCGUGAAGACAAAACACCCUCAGCUUCACUAUGAGUCAAAGUUAUACAUGAUUCUUCAAGGAGGAAAGUGUGUACACCAUCUUAAAUGGUUCGGAGUUGAGGGUGAAUAUAAUGUCAUGGUUAUUGACCUUCUUGGCCAAAGCCUAGAAGAAAAGUUCAACUAUUGCAACCGGAAGUUCUCUUUGAAGACAGUUUUAAUGCUUGCAGAUCAAUUAAUAGACCGAGUGGAGUACGUGCACUCGCGGGGAUUUCUUCACCGUGACAUAAAGCCUGAUAACUUCUUGUUGGGUCUUAGGCGUAAAGCUAAUCAGGUAUAUAUCAUUGAUUAUGGCCUUGCGAAAAAGUAUAGAGAUCUUCAAACGCAUAAGCACAUACCAUACAGGGAAAAUAAGAAUCUGACAGGAACACCUCGCUAUGCAAGUGUUAACACUCACCUUGGUAUUGAGCAAAGCAGGAGAGAUGAUCUGGAGUCUCUUGGUUAUGUGCUUAUGUAUUUUCUUAGGGGAAGCCUUCCCUGGCAGGGGUUGAAAGCAGGUACCAAAAAACAGAAAUAUGACAAGAUCCGUGAAAAGAAGAUGUUUACUCCUAUUGAGGGUCUGUGUAAAUCGUAUCCGUCAGAGUUCACUACAUAUUUUCAUUACUGUCGCUCAUUACGCUUUGAAGAUAAACCAGACUAUUCAUACCUGAAGAGACUUUUCCAAGACCUUUUUAUUCGAGAAGGUUAUCGAUCUGACGACUAUGUAUUUGAUUGGACAAUGAAGUAUCCACACAUUGGCUCCAGUUCUAGUUCACGAGCAAGUGCAAAACCAGCUUUGAGUCCUGGACCAUCUGCAGAAAGAACAGAAAGGCCUUCAGCGAGAUACGAGUUUCGAGAGAGACUUUCAGGUGCAGUUGAAGCAUUUUCUAGAAGGAAUGGUUCUGGGCAGGGUUUACCUGCCGAUAACUCCAGACAUAGAUCAGUUGAAGAUGCGCCAUCAUCCAAAGAUGUGCAUCAUGAUUCAGGAAGAACCCGGAGUUCAUCUAGAAAUGGCAGCACCUCAAAGUGGCCUGUCAUAUCAAGCAGUAGGCCAAGCUCCUGUGGUAAGCCUAGCGAGAGCAGGUCAAGCCGGCUGGUCUCAAGCAGUGGUCAUGAUGAUGUACUUAGAAGGGCACCUGUGUAUGAAUCGAAAGCGUCUUAUACUCGUACUUCAGCUGCCAGAGGCGGUCGUGAUGAUGCACUUAGGAGGUUUGAGCUCCUUUCUAUUGGUACGGAGAAUAAAGUCUGA